CCUUCAGCCCCUUCAGCUCAGUGUUGGCCGUCCUACAAAAAGCCUCGACAACGCCCUAACAUCUCAGAUCCAUCCGUCGUCCAGCCUCCCGUCCACAUAUCCAACACCUUGUUUCGCGUUUGGGGUAACCUCGAAUUCAGCUGUCCACCCCUCACAAUUGUUGUUUUCCUCUCCUGCCGCUCCCGAUUGACGUAGCGUCCCGACAUCCUUCCAGGCCUCAGCCGCUCCAAACAAAAAAGAAACAACCAACGCCAGAAUGGGCAAACUCGGGCGAUUCGCGUGCAUUUUCGUGCCAAUGGCACUGACCAUUGCGUCGCUCAUUUGCCUGAUAUUGGUGUUCUCGGGCCAGCUUAACAAGAACAUGGCAUUGCAGAAUGACCUUUACUUCUUCAAGGCGGAUACCAAAGACUUUACGGAAAACCCCGAUGUGUUAGAGAAUUCGAAUCUUGACAAUGUCCUGCUCCAGGCACUCACGGGUGCGGCGAAGUCGAAGGAUCUGAAGGACUUCUACCAGGUCGGAUUGUGGAACUACUGCGAGGGUGAUACCGAUGACAAGAACAAAGAUACUGUCACCUAUUGCUCUCCCCGCAAGGCCAACUUUUGGUUCAACCCCAUCGACGUCUGGGAGCUAAAAAACACAACCGCCCAGCAGAUCUUCCCUGACAAGCUGAAGAACGGAAUCGAUGCGUACCACAAAGUUUCCAAGUGGAUGUUCAGUGCCUAUGUUAUUGCCAUCUGUCUCACAGCCGCGGAACUUGUCGUCGGUAUCUUUGCUAUUUUUAGCCGAUGGGGAAGCCUUGUUACAACCAUUGUCUCUUCGGCGCAAACCCUCUUCAUCGUCGCCGCCGCCGUCACCUCAACUGCCCUAUACGGUGCUCUCGCCGGGACCUUCGAAAGUGCUCUCAAGCCCUACAAGAUCAAGGCCUCGCUAGGCACCAAGAUGCUUUCCGUAGUCUGGCUUGGCGUUGCCUUUUCCAUCGCCUCCGGCUUCUUCUGGUUGAUCUCUGUCUGCUGCUGUUCAGGAAAGUCCGGCCACAAGAAGGUUGUCGUGGAAAAGACGCCAUAUACCUACGAGCGUGUUGCGUCUCCCUAUCUCGGCCAUCGCGAUCAGGGCAACGAGCUCCACAACAUGCCUCACUCUGGUACUACCACCUCAGGUAGUGCCUAUGAGCCUUUCAGACACGAGCGUGUGUAGUCGGAUUUGAACGAACAAAAGCUGGCGUUCAGGCUCCGUGAUUCGUCAUGGUAAUGGCUAAUCUGUGAAAGAUGGACAUAGAACGGCAAAUCAUCAGAUUUUCGGAUGACGUAUGUGUGUGUGUGUGUGUGUGACUGGUAUUUAUGGAUGAGCAUUAAUGAUGCGAUACAAGUACUUCAGGAGUGUGAUUUGUAUACCACGGCGUUUAGGGGAAUUAUGAUUGCAUAGUUGGGUUACUUUUGACCUACAUCUGGAGCUCAGAUGAUCAGGAUGAAUUUAGCGAGCUUGGGGGUCUCUAAGAUAUUAGAGGGGUGGAGGACGUGGAGGAGAUGUAGGACAAUUCAUAUACAUACCAUAUAUCGAA